CCGGUUUAUAUGUUACUCGUCAAGUUACUCGUAUUUAGUUUUAUCGACAUCACCGUAGUUUAAAAUAUGAAAUUAAAACAGGUGUGCGUAUAGAAUUAGGCGACAGUCGUAUUUUUUAACAUGUAACGUUACUAUUCAAGAACUACAGGGAGGCACACCGCUAAAAUGAAGCUCUACGUGAUUGCGGUGUGUUAUUUAUUCAACUUUUGUAGAACUAAAGAAGCCAAAGAAUUUUUGUUAUCCGAAAAAAUUAAUAACUUCACACUCGAGUUGUUAUUUUUUACAAACAACACAAAUAACGGUGGUAAUUUAGUUUUAUCUCCAGUGACCGUAUGGACGUCUUUAUUGGUUCUAGGAGAAGGGGCUACAGGAGAUACGCAAAAAGAAAUAGGCAACGCACUUCGCGUCACGCCUAGCAGUUUCCGAAAAGGGACUAUUAGGAGAGAUUUUGAUGUAUUUAUAAAAAAUCACGAAGUCAAUUCAUCGUUUUUAAAGAUACAAAAAUUAAGCGGUAUAUUCAUCGACAAAAAUCGAUUACCCGAGGCGGAUUUCUUUCAAAAAGCAUUAACGUACAAAACCGCAUUUGUACCUCUGGACGUGUUGGAUUCAGAAAAAACAAAUAAUGACCUAAGGAAUCUUCAGGCUAGCUUGGAUAAAGUAAAGCCGAUCGAUGUCAAUGAUUUGGGCGUGGAGAAUGACGUAAUGGUACCUUAUAGCGCGGUGUAUUUCAGAGGUUUAUGGACCUAUCACUUUGACACGUUUUUUACAACAAAGCAGCCGUUUUACAAUGACAGUGGAAAGAGAAUUGGGGAAGUCGAAAUGAUGUACAAUCGGCGCAUAUUUCCGAACGUGUAUAAUGAUAUUCUACAAGCACAGGCUGUGGAGGUACCGUUCGCCGAUGACGACAAAUCCAUGAUUGUGUUUUUGCCGUAUGCAGGCGUCUCUUUGCACGACGCGUUUAAAAACUUUGCCCGAUCGUCGUUCAAAGAAGUUAUCGAUGAGUUUCAACGGACUGCGAGUGCGACAGGGCGAGCGAAGGAAAUUCUAGUUGUCAUGCCAAAGAUACGUACUAGAACGCGCGUAAAUUUGAAAAGUGCCCUGGAAAAGAUGGGCGUGUUUAACAUUUUUGAUAGUGCGCAGUCUACGUUGCCGUUAAUGGCUAGACUACCGGUGUAUGCGAAUAAAUUUGUUCAUAAUGUGAAAAUAGACCUUAACGAGGAAGGUGUGGCUAUGUCUGAUGCAAUGAGCAGUGCAAUCGGUACCCGAGUGGGCGGUAAUAGCUUUAUUGCGAAUCGGCCAUUCUUUUAUUUCAUUGUUGAGAAAAUGACAAAUACAAUUUUGUUUUGUGGAUUUUAUGUAGCACCUGCAUGAGACUUGUCAAACGGUUUUACACGUUUACAUUUAUCUAGUUUUCGUUGGAGGUAAGGCAAUUUUAUAAACUGGCCCUAUCACACUUCAGAACCGUUUUAAGUGAAAAUGUUAAAGCAGAUCUUGUAACUUCAUAAUAAAAGCUUUUUACCAAA